UACCACCACAAAAACGAUGAGGCAAAUGUUACAAACUCAAACAAGCACUAACAAAUAAAACAUAGACAUACCAAAGACAACAUCAUCAUCAUCAUCGGCAUCGCAGACGUACAACAAUUACUGGACAGGAGUUUGCAACAAUUCCUCAGUACGAAACGGGAAUUCAACGAGAGCGGUUGUGAAAAACGGCAAAAAUCCACUAAGUAAACAAGAAAAAAAAAAUAACAAAGUACUAAAAAAUAAACUAAAAAUUUUAUAUAAAAUAUAAAAAAAAAACAGUUUAAAAAAAUCGGUAAAUAAACUAAAUUGAAAAGAAUCAAGUGUAUUGAAGAGUGUACAAAUAAACAAACGAACAAAUGAAAAACGUUUGGAAAAAUUUAACACACUAAACACAACACAAAAACCAAGAGUAUUAUAAAAUAAACUAUUAAAUAAAUAAUAACAAAAAAAACAAAAAACAACAAAACGAAAACAACAUAUAAAUGUUUAAUUAUUACAACAAUAUCGAUAACCACAAUAACAGCAACAGCAAUAACAACCACAAAAAGAAUGUUAAAAAUAGAUAAAUAAUUCAACUUUUUAAAAUAUGAAAAUUAUUUAAAACAAAAACCAGCCAAAUAAAUAAACAAAAAAAACUACAUUAACAAUUUAACAAUCUGUAGAAAAACUGUAGAAAUAAAAAAAAACAAUUUAAAUUUUGCGCUUUUUAAAUUUUUUGCGCAAUGAAAUUUAAAUGAAAAGUCGUGCCAUCAAUUGCAUUUUUAUUGUUAUAAAUGCAACAUUGGUGUUGUAAAUUUUGUUAAACAAACAAAAUAAAAACGAAUUGUAUUUUUUUGUUCCCUUAAUUUUAAUACAAAAGUGUAUAAAGAAGACAAGAUUAUUGUUAUUAUUAAUUUAAAUAAAUAAAUAAACAAUUAAGAGGAUUUUUUACGAACAGAGAGCAACAUUUAUAAAAAAAAGCCUUUGUAAAAGUGAUAAAAGAAAUUAAAAGAAUUAAAAUGUGGCUUCAUGUAUUCUGUCCCCUGUUGGUGAUUGCAGCAGCAUUUGCGUCCGUCUUACAAAUUGAUCAGAAUUUAAAAAAUAUUAAAUUAAUUGAAAGUAAAUUUAUACCGGAUGUUAAUGUUUUACCAGCCGAUCAAACUAUAAACAGCGACGAUGAAAAUUGGCAGCAAGUGAGACGUUUCAUGGAGGAUGGCUUGCCGGUAUUGGAAUUGUAUGGCUAUAAGCCACAGAGAGAUAUACCAUUCACUUUGAUUAUACCUAAAAUUGAUGUACGUACAAUUGAAAAACCACGUUUGAAAGAGUUUAUGUUGGAGCAUAUGGUGCCGGGUCGUGCAUUCGAUAACUAUGCUGAUGAGGAGAACUCCUCAUCGUUUGGUAACGGUAAUGGUCAUAAAAUUGUUUUUCGCAAAUUAGAAAAAUCCCCCAACAAUGUGGUAUGGCUAUUGAAUGGUUUUCAAAUACUACAUCGAGUACGCAUCAACGACAAUCUAAUUGCUUUGGCCAUUGAUGGAUAUUUGGGUGAUCGGAAGUCACCCUAUUCGAAACGUAAUAUACAGGAAGGCAGUAAUAGUCGUUACAAUGAACCACAACGUUUAGAGAUGCGCAAUUCAACCAGCAAUAUUGCACAUACGAAAAAUGAACCCAUUUUAAAGGAGUCAAAGGCGAGCCCUUUAAUGUCAUUUCUUGGCAGCAUGAAAAGUGGCACAAAAGUUUUCCAGCAUUUCCUGUCGAAAAGUAAUCUCACACAAAUAAUGGACGAUGGCUCUUAUACAAUUCUCAUACCCACCGACAAUGCAUUUCAACGCUGGCAUCCCAUCGAUUGGGGUUUCUAUCCGUUUAGUGUGCAAGAUUUUACCGAAAGUGUGUUGCGCAAUCAUUUCUUGCCCACCCAAAAGCCUUUACGUAUGAAUGACGUUAAGAAUAUGGAUCAAAUGGUUGUACGCACCAUGGGUGGUGAGAAUGUUAUCUUCAGAGGUCAACCUGCACCUUCGGUCAACAAUGUAUCCAUAAUGUCCGAUUACACAUUGUCUAAUGGUAAUCAGGUAUUUAUUAUAACAGAAGUUUUGUUUGUCUCCGAGGCUGUUGUAUCCAAAUUGCAUCAGAUGCACAAGGAUAAGGAGACACCACCAUUGCUGGCCUUCCCCUGGUUUGGUGCACAAUUUUUGUCACAUUCAUUUUUGGCUUUGGAACGAGAUCCCAGAUUUACACAAAUCACCAGAUUUUUAAAUAAUGCUGAAAUAGCACCACAUGUAUCAGGAGCCAAUUACACAUUCUUUGUUCCGGACGAUAAAGCAUUUGAGAAAUUAGGAUUUGAUAAAUUAAGUGAUGAUGUUAUGGCCUCACAACGCGGUGUAAAAAUGCUAUUAAAUCACUUCGUUAAGGGACGCCUCUACAAUCGCGACUUGAAGGAUAAUGAAGUUUUCGAAACAAUUGGAGGGGGACACAUAAAAAUCACACGGAAUCCCGGCAGCAAUGCUACCAGUGUUAAUAAUGCCAAAAUCACAGAGAGUGAAGUAUUCGUGUACAAUUUGGGCACCAUGUUCUACAUCGAUGACAUACUGUAUUCUCAUCUGUUGAGAGAGUAUGUGAUCAAGCAUAAAUCAAGAACAAAUUAUGCCGGUGGCAAUAAUGGACGAUCAUCGACUUUGGGAACACCCACCGAUGUUGAGAUAGUACCAAAUGAAUUUGAUCAUGAGCAGAGUGGUGGUAAUGGUGAUUAUUCCAUACACGAUGAUGAUUUCGAUGAUGAAAUAAUAACACCUAAAGCGCUUCCCGUCCAGUUUUAUGAAUUACCAAAAUAAAUUUUUAAUUUUUUUUUGCAUGAAAAAAAGUUUUGAACAAAUUAGUAAAAGAAAAGUAAAAAUUAGAGAGUUUUGGAUAAACAAAAAAAAAAAAGAAACAAAAAACAAAAGCAAGAAAAUUAGUCAAAAGACAAAAACUAAAAAUUGAAGUGAGAAAAUUUUUUAAAAUUAAAUUUCUUUGUAAGAAGUAUAUUUAUUAUACCAAUAUUCUGAUUAUAAUUAUUAUUAUUAUUUUGUAAGGGAGAGAUUGUUAGAAGGCUUUAAGCUUUUUUUCUUUUUGUGUAUAGUUUUUUUUAGAGAUUAUUUUGACUACUAUUGUAUGCAUUUUUAAAAACAAACAAAAAAUCUAAAAAAAAAAAACGAAAAAACCAACCAUAACAAAAUAUAUAUUUAAUGUUAAUUUUGUGUAGAUUUAUAAUAAUAAUAAAAAAAAGAAAAGACAAUUAAAUUAGGUUUAUUAUUUUCUAUACUUUUUAGAUUUAAAUUUAUAUCAGCGAUUGAUAGCCAGACAGACAGAUAUACAUUCCGUUAGUAUAUAAAACUAUAUAAUUAUAACUAAAACUGUAUUGUCAACCAAGUAUACUUAGAGUUUUAAUCGAAAAAAUAAGCAAAAUUCAACAACAUCAACAAAUAUAACACUUUUUGUAGAAAUUAAGUCCAAACUAAAGAAAAUUAAAACAUUAAAACUUAAAGUAAAGCAUGACAGGCCACAGGACAACUGGAAUUUGGAAUUGCCAGGAUUUGUAAGACUUUGAGUACUUUAAGUUUUAAUGUGUUUUUUUUUAAACAACUAAAAUAACUAAAAAACUUGCAACAUUGUGUGUUUGCACAUAUCUUACAAUAUUUAGAAAACAAUUUGAUAAAUUAUUAACAAAAAAGAAAAA